AUGCUCGACGCCUUCUGCGGCUGCUCCCGCCAGCGCCCCCCGCAGGUCCCGCGCGCCCUGCCGGCCCGCGAGGAGGCCAUCAACGGGAGCGAGCACCUGACACACUUCCAGAAGGUGCUCAGCGAAGCGGGUGCCAUCCUCAAGUUGGACAAGAAGAUCACCUCCGAGGACGUGCGGUCGGCGCUCGUCCGCAAGGGAGCGGCGGACGUGGCGAAGAAGUUCGUGCUGUGGCGGGACGAGCGGCGGGCGGUCGCGCACCCGCCAGGCCGCAUCGCGUCCCAGGUCUUGGCGGCGCUGCGCCGCGCACCGGUGGCCGAGGUGGCCAAGACGGAGGAGAGGGACGAGUCGGAGUUCGAGGAGUACGCGGACGGCUCGACGGAGUAUGAGGACACGUCUGAGAAGGGACAAGCCACGGACACCGACAAGGAGAAGUCCUCCCUGGAGGCAGCCUUGCGCCAAGCGACCUGGAAAAAGGACCAGAAGAAGCUCGAGCUGGACCAGGCGGCUGUGGAGCUGCAGCAGGCGGAGCACCGCCUCAAGGAGGCCCAGGAGAAGCACGACGCGGCGCUCGAGGAGGCGGCGGACGCAGAAGAGCAGCACGAGGCCACCCUGAAGGCCCGGGGGUUCGACGUCCACACCGAGGCAGACGGCAAGGAGGGGUCCAACACCGAGGACGGCGAAGCGGAGCACAAGAGGAAGACGAGAAAACCCGAGGACUACCAGGAGCACGGCAAGAUCGGCAACUGCGUGGGGGAGGAGAGCACCGUAAGCCUCUCACACGCCACCGAGACCGCGAAGACGUUGCAGCAGCUGGAGUCCGCGCUGGAGGAGAUCCAGGAAGAGGAGGCAGCCGCGGCGCGCAUCGCCAGGGCCCCCGCGCCGCGAGCCGAGGGCACGCCCCCGGGCUGCCUCCACCGCCUCGGGACGGGGCUGAAGUACCCGCCCUGCCACGUCUGCGCGCCGAGCCUGCGGGGCCAGGGGAGGCCGUUCCAGGAGCAGUGCGCCAUGGUGCUGGUGAGCACGGCGCACAGGGAGGGCUGGGCCCACGAGAAGUGGGAGGCGGACGAGCGGCAGCGGGCCAGGAUGCGGGAACUCAUGUUCCGUUGCGUCGACCUGGUCGACGGGAGCGCCAGCGGCCGCAUGGCGAACGAGGGGCACAUCCUGCGGGAAUGGCCUCCGCUCUUCCACGGCAUACUGAAGGACGACAUCCGGCAGUUCGCGCUGGAGGAGUUCGACACGGAUGGCACAGCAGGCCUGAGCUAUGCCGAGUUCGACAAUUUUUCUGAUCACCUGGAAAACCACGGGGGUGCGGCGGUUCUGGUGGUCCUCGGCCCAUCCCGCCGCUGUGCCCCGGUUGUGGACCAGCUUGCUCCCGGAGUACUGCAGGGGGCCUCUCCGUGGGCCUCUUGGGGGCCCCUUCGGACUGUUCCCCACGGUUCGACUGACGUUCGGGGCACCCCACGGAGCGACUGCGGCGCGGUGGCGGAUCUCAAGUACCUGCAGCGCUCGGCGUUCCUGAAGUUCCGCGCAUUCUGGGGCCUCGGCCGGGAGCCGGCGGCCACAGCCCGCGGAUCUCUCCGGAGGGGCGACUACGCCAGGGUGGAGCAGGACCAGCGGUCGGGGGCCCCAGGCACGGGCAGGUGGGGGAUCGUGUUCGCUGGCCUGGACCCAGACAUUUUCGACAUCCCAGCAUCUCGGAGAGGGAGCACCGUCGUCGCACCAGGCUGGUGGGAGGAUUUGCAGUACUACUCGGCCAACAACCACCCCUUCCACGGCAUCCUGAUGUGUGAUCCGGCACACCCGCUGGAUUGGAAGGAGAGGAUCAUGAUGGAGGUGGUAGUCUUUUGCUUGGCCUGUGUUUCACUGUACGUUAAUGAAAGGUCUAUGAACACCCACUGGGGCCUCAACCAUACGCUCUUCGACCUACUGUUCGUUACGCUCCCAGGGAUGGUUUUGUGGUACGUUCUCUUUUAUAUGUACACGUGCCCGUGCGCCAACGAUGACGAGAUCCACUCGACUAUUUUUUGGCAAAGGGUUAAGAAAGGAUUGAGGAUCUGCGGCGAGGACAUAGCACACCUGAUCGUGCUGUGUGGAUUCCUGUACUUGCUGUGGCACCUGCACAACAACGCUCGUGCCGACGAGGUCGGCGGCAUCGUGCUGCCAGCAUGCGUGGCGCGCGCACGAGGGUACGCCAUCAACUGGCUCCUGAUGUUGCUUCUGUACUUCAAUCCUCUGGUGGCGUGGGGGCAGCCCGACGCCCGGGCGAAGAUGGGGGUGCUGGACACACUCGCCGAGCUGGUGGCCCUGGGCCAGUGGCGCGUCGAGAAGAUGCGCUUCCAGUCCCUUUGCAGGGCCGAGCCAGAGUCGGCGGCGGGUUGCAGCGCGGCUGGCACAGACGGCCAGUGGCCAACUCGCGCGUGA